GACACUACGUCCUGGGUUGUUUUUUUUAUUUUUUGGCAGAUUCGAAGUCCUCUUACCAAAACACGAACAUGACUUUUUGACAUUGAUGUGUGAAAAAUAGAUUAUAAAUGUUAUGCUUCAAGACGUGAGGACUGACAGGACAUUAUUAGGGGAAAAUGGCCAGCACCCUGGUGGCCGUGGGUCUCACCCUUGCAGCAGCAGGAUUCACAGGUCGAUAUGCCAUGCAGGCCCUGAAACAGAUGGAGCCCCAGGUGAAGCAGGCUCUAAUGGUUUUUCCUAAAUCGACGUUUGGAAGCGGUUAUUACAGAGGAGGAUUCGAACCCAAGAUGACGAAGAGAGAAGCGUCUCUCAUCCUAGGAAUCAGUCCCACGGCCAACAAAACCAAGAUCAGAGAGUCACACAGGAAGCUGAUGAUCUUAAAUCAUCCUGAUCGAGGUGGAUCUCCGUACAUCGCAGCAAAAAUAAACGAAGCGAAAGAUUUACUAGAUGGACAAGCCAAAAAAUAGUUUAAUGCACAUUCAAUGAGUGAUUCCAUUUCAUUAAACUUGUCGAUUGUA